UCGUCAAUGUUGUGAAUCAAUAAAUCAGAAAAUUGGAGUAAACUCUAAACCGGAAGUAAGCAAUUUAUAACGUAAUCGGGUAGAAUCUUAUUGAAAUAUAAAAGCAUUUCAUUUUUUUCAAGAAUAAAAGCUUUCUGUACUCUAACGACGUUAUUUUAGAAACUUAGACCAUCGUUAUAUAUCAAAGAGACUCCUGGUUUCCUGAAAAAGUCAAAUAAUGUCUCAUGAACAACAAGAUUAACUUUAGAAGUUAGAUUUCAAAGGAUUUCAUGAUGCUGUUCAUCUUCAAGAUCUUUAAAAUGACAUUAUGCAUGGAUACACAAAGACGUUCUUGCUGUAAAUUGAAGAACUGAUCAACCUAGGAGUCAUGUCUGGAGUUUUAUCCUUGAUUUUAUGACUAUAUCAACUCAACUGAACCCUCUAUACCUCAACACUGAAGUACAAUGGGUGAUCGAAAAACUUCAGCAUUAAAUCGUCUUCGACAACAAUUACGCAAGAAGAGAGAAUCUUUAGCAGACCAAUUUGAGUUCAAAAUGUUUAUGAUCUUCCACUUCAAAGAUAAGAAAAAGCCAUGUGCCUUAUUUGAGAUAGCAGAAGUCUUGCCAGUGAUGACCAACAAUUAUGAAGACAGCAUUCUUAAAGGAGUCAAGGAAGAGGCCUACUCCAUGGAGAGCUCAAAGGAAUUGCUAGAGAAAGACGUAGUACAGUUACAUGCCCCAAGAUGGCAAUCACUUCGCAAGGAUGUGAUAGGCUGUACCACAGAAAUGGACUUCUUCUUAUGGCCAAGGAACGACAUUGAGAAGAUAGAGUGCAUGCUAUUCUCCAAGUGGAGGGGAGAGGAAUCACCAUUCAAACCGCUUCAGUGUGAGUUUACAUUCAGCCAGGAAGAUUAUGAGAAACAACUUAUGAGGUUGCUGACACGGAAAGAUAAAUCAGGGCUUAUCGUCAAUAAUCCUGCGCAGUCAAUGUUUCUAUUUAUUGAUAGACAAACUCUUGACACAAGCAAGAGUAAAGCCAUAGUAUUCAAGCUGUCUAGUGUAUGUCUCUACCUCCCACAGGACAAAUUAACCCACUGGGGGCCUGGGAACCCAGAUGAGAUUCUACAGCAAUAUUUUGCUACGUCUUAGCACCAUAAGGGACCAAUUCUUACAGAGGAUGGCGAAAACUUACAGACUUGUACAUAACUGGACAUGUUUCUUUGGAAAGAAAAUGGGAAGGACAAAGAAUAAGGCGCUAGUAAAUUAAUUGGUUGUUUAAUGGUACCUAGGUCAUCUGGGAUCUGAAAACAUUUUGAUUUUAAGGAUGAAAUAUGGGUUGGGAACAUAAUAAGUCUGUUUCCUUUUUGAAAAAUGAUUUCCAUUUAACAGACAAUUAUACCUGUAGGCGCCAAAAAAUUGUAACAAAAUUUUAUUCUGGUCAUGUUUUGAAAUGUUAUCGAGUGAAAUCAACAUGUCGCAAAUGUCUUAGAUCAGUUCUGUAUACUUUAGAAUUUUCUAAAUUGUACAGAAUUUUCAGGAAAUCAGGCCAUUCAUUCUGAUUUUAGAAAGAGAAAACACAGAAUAACCAUGCCUGACAUGGUUAUUGCCAUCACAUCAAUGAUAUCCCAGUCACAAUUGAUCUGUGGCAACAAUACACCGGCCUUAGCUUCCCAAAAUCUAUAAAAUAUGCAGCAUAAAAUAUAGGGAUAAACAGUACAAUGUAAAUUUUCUAUAUCAAUUUUGUGAAGCUACAGUGGAUGUA